AUGAAUUUUGAAAAGUACGCUAAGAGCGGCCGCUUAGCUCCGGCUGUGCCUGGACCAGCCAGCUCGAGCUUAGCAAGAACAGCCUCGCUCCGGACACGAAAUGAUAUGAUAUCACCAAUCGAAUUCAAGUUGAAGUUUACAAUCACGAUAGAGAAAUAUGGCUUCGAACAAAGCUGCGAGAAUGGGGUCUGGAAAAGUCGUGUAGAUAAAGUCAAUGCCGAACUCGUUACUCUCACCUACGGAACUAUCGUUGCACAGCUUUGUAAAGAUUAUGAAAGUGAUUAUGUGGAAGUCAACAAACAACUUGAUAAGAUGGGAUAUAAUAUCGGGCUACGAUUAAUCGAGGACUAUCUUGCGAAAUCAAAUACCAUGAGACGAUGUUCGAACUUUAGGGAGACUGCGGAGAUGGUUGCUAAGGUUGGGUUUAAGAUAUUCUUGAACAUUACACCAGCAGUAUCGAAUUGGACGAGUGAUAAUAAGCAAUUCUCCCUGAUAUUCGAAGAAAACCCAUUGGCCGAUUUUGUGGAAUUACCAGAUGAUGGGAGAGCGCAAGAUGAGCUGUGGUAUUCGAACAUCUUCUGUGGGAUAUUGAGGGGCACACUGGAGAUGGUGCAAAUGCAAGUCGAGGCUCACUUCAUUAGUGAUAUUCUCAGGGGUCAUGAUUCGACUGAGAUGAGAAUCACUUUGGUCAGAUAUAUUGAUGAUGAGAUGCCGAUGGAUGACGAUUAA